AUGGGCCAUCCCCCAGAAGCACAUGGGAAACCUAACAUACCCACGGAGGACGGCAGAGAGGUGUGUCAAUCUACAGACAAACUUCAAGAUCUGACCACUCUUCACGAGUGUCAGCCAACUUCUUCGAAUAAUCCACAUCAGCCACUCGGGUCUUCACUUUCACAAAGUCAAGUACCACCCAGGGUCCCUCGGAGAUUCCUGGCCCAGCCAAUCGAAACCGUAUCACGAAGCUCCAACGUCCAACAGCCAGCUUUGAGCGGAGCAAAUCAACCCGCUCUAUCAAAACCCGAAAUACAUUCGAAAGAGCCCAGUGAGCAUCGACCGAUCAGAAGAUUUCAACCUGAACCAAUUGAAACAAGCAAAGCUAGUAAUAGACGGUCUCAUUCGACUUCUGAGGUACAUGGGAGGAAUUCAGCGUCACAUAGCAAGGCAUCAACUCCAAGAAGAUUCAAACCCGACCUGAUAGAAACCGACGUCCGCUCGGUUCGAAGAGGGGAACCUGUCCGGUUUCCCCAACGGCAUAAUGCCGUAGGAUCUUCAGCACCCCAUACAAUUAUUGGCCCAGACACGACAUCAUGGCCAGAUCCAAACCCCCAUGCCCACACUUUUCUGCCAUCCGAGUCUCAAUUUUCGUAUUCCAAUAUUCUGCGCCGACAACAAGCCCGCAGACAUUCAUUUCGAGUUCCGGAUCUCCCAUCCAUCCCCUCUAACAGCAGCGAAGAAUCGGAUAACUCCAGAUCGCAUUCAGCGUGCACUUCGCCGCCUGGGCCUUCCAAUAAAGCGACACAAGAUUUAUACACGAGCAAGCUACCCCGUGAAAUCUCCGAUGGGGAGAUCUCGGAAUUCUUGCUCUCUCUUGCCGCUCGAUCCGCACGGAUCCAGUUGAAAGAGCAAGCGUUGGCUGCCUUUCCGAACGAGCAAGUGUACGAGCCUGUUGAUCAUUUCGCCAUUGACGAAGAUGAUGAAGAUUCAGACGAUUAUCAUAUGUCUAUGAAGUAUCAUCAUGUUAAGUCUCGACGACAAUCUUCGGCAGAUUUGUCCUGGGAACUUGAGUACAUGCGCCACCACAAGGAGGAGGCGGAAAUGAGGAUCCGGGCUAUGGGUGCAUCUGGACAACCGAAGUCUUCACCGGAGCACAAUAAGAAUGGCAAGAGCCCGCCCAUGCUUGGCAAGGACAUCGUCCUUCCUCGAAGCGCCUCACCCGAGAGAACAAUAUGUGAGCACUCUAGCACCGAUGCAGCCUCUCGUGGCGUACAUGAUCUUUGCACUGGCUGUGGUGACUUAGGGUACGCAGCGCCUCCUCGAGGCGGCGGAAAGGGUGCUGGUCUUUGGAUGGGCACUUGUUGCAAGAACGAGGGCCAAGAGCGGGAAGUGCACGGUCUCCUGCCUGGAAUUGUUACCCCCAUGCCCCGUGUCGAUGAGGCUGGCAUUAGCAUGGGACUCAGCCCAUCUCCUUCACAUACACAUCUGGAUCGUCUCGCAGCCUCGCCCGGAAACCAUAGUUCCCGGAAGCCGGCGAGCCCCAAUCUCCAGAAAGCCAUCGAGGUCGAAUUCCAUGAUGGAUUUGUGUCUCAAAUUUACAAUUACUUGUCUCUGGGUUACCCGUGCCUUGCCCGUCAUUAUGAUUACGAACUCAGCCGAAUUUCGGGCAUCUCCGUCGAGGAUCUUCGUCGGGACGACUUGCAAACUGAUGCUAGAGGCUAUGUUGUAGCUCCAGGGAUGGACGAUCUCGCGGAUGCCUGUGCACGAUGGAAAGCUCUCCGUCUAUAUAUCCAGGAAUGGGCGAGGCAGGAGCCUGGCAUGGCCGAAGAAGAUACCAAUCUUGAAGGUUGGGGACUGCCAGAACGAAGAGGCAGCUGGGCCAUUUGA